AACCGCAGGGAAAAUGUCUUGUGUCAUCGCAGCUCGACAGCUUCGGCCUUAAACGGCGAUGUUCCUAGAGACACAGGGACGUCGUAAUGUGUCACUGUUUGGACGAGCCACUGUUUACUUUUUUCUUCGACAGGUUCAAAACUUUAGCAAGAGGCACUCAACCCCCCCCAACCCCCACCACUCGUCUCGCUCAAACGGACGCGCGCGUCUAUCCCGGCUUUACUUUGACAGCUCGAACCAGAUGCGCGAUUUCGAACUGCGCCCAGCUUGACCGUGGCCCGUCGUCUGACUUCCUGUCGGGGGAGAAAAAGUUUGGAAACCCCACCCUCUCCGCGGACUGUAAGCACAGACGUAGAAGUGGUUCGAGGUCCUGACGAGUGAUCGCUGGCCGAGGGAGAGGAGUGUGAGCAGAAGCCGCGAUGGAGCCCGUGCGCCGUUUGGAUACCGACUGUAACUGCGAGGCCACCGAGCCGGACCAGGCCACGCGCUCAGCCCCAUGAGGAACUAACGGGUUUUGUUUUCUGCUGCGCGUUUGUCCCUGGAAAGUCAAGCCAGGCAGGUUUGGACAGCUCUUCCUGUUACCAAGUCGGCUGUUCCUAAGUUCUUAUUUUGUGAUCAAGCCCAGCUCGUUGCGUGCUUCUGAUAAGACCGUCAUUAUGGAUACUCUCGCGCAAUGGGAUACGGGAUUUCCUGCGGGAGCGCCGCGAAGUUGCGGUCACUGGAGGCUAUUGGAGAUUUGGGUUCAAUAAUGCGAACCGGUCAGCCCUGAAACUCGUCGUAAAACACUGGUUGGCUGGACUGAAUGCUCCUUUCCUGCUAUUCUUCUCCGCUUCGCAGCGCUUCCUGCUUGUGGUGGCCACUGCACUUAAUGGCUAAAAAUACAUAAAACUCAAAAUGGACAGAUAAAUGUUGCUGGACUCUCAAUCCGGAGUUGCAGUUGCAACACUUGAAGUGUUUUAAAAGAAGCUUCGGGACAUUUUAUUUCUUGCCCUCAUAGUUUUUCAGGCUUCACAAUCACAACUCAACAGGUGGCAAUUUUAAAUGAGGGGAAGAGAAGAGCUCAUUUGCCCAUAAUGAGGCGAUUCAAGAGCCUCUGAAGCACAGGCCGGUGAAAUGAUAUUGUGCUCAAACCAUGUGCUGGGAAGCCACACGCCACAUCACUUACACGGGGAAAUUCAGUGGAGACAGCGAUGCCUUUCUGAGCUUUGAUACAGUUAGCCAUAAUCAAAGAAAAAACUCUCUCUUGACUAGUUCUGCAUUUUCAAAUGGAGAGCUCUGCAUUUCAUGUCAAGGCGAAUGAAAGACACUUGCUGUUCAGUUAUCUUUGAAUCCUCUCCUGUAGCCCACUUGUUGGUCAAGCUUUUGAAUACAUUUCACUGGUCCCUGAUGAACCAACAAGAAAGACAGGAAAGGGAGCGAGGCGCAAUAAAGUACUCCUUUGUACUUUAUUUUCAAACCCUUGGGGUGCAAAAUCAGAUCCAGUCAAAACAUCUGCUUGAGGCUCCAUGGAGCCACUGAAGAACAUAUUCAGUCGUGGCCCGCUCUCGAACUGGAAAAAUUUGGAACAAUCGCAAAAAGGGAACUUCACCAAUCCCGUGUGGACAGCCUUAUUCGACUAUGAGGCGUCCUGUAAAGAUGAGCUCACCUUGCGUAAAGGUGACCUGGUGGAAGUCCUCUCUCUGGACUCUGAGAUAUCAGGGGACGAGGGCUGGUGGGCAGGUAAGGUCAACAACAAGGUGGGCAUCUUCCCAUCCAACUAUGGCUCCUUCAAGCCAAGUGGAUACGGGAAGCUUCCGGGCAGCAGCGUGGUCGGCGAGCUCGGCCCGGCUGUGGUGGGCGAGUUCGAACCCGAGGUGGUGGAUUUCCGGGAGCUGAGCCUGGAGGAGGUCAUCGGGGUCGGGGGCUUCGGGAAGGUGUAUCGCGGUACAUGGAGAGGCGGGCUGGUGGCCGUGAAGGCUGCUCGUCAAGACCCUGACGAGGACAUCAGCGUGACGGCUCAGAAUGUGAGGCAGGAGGCCCGUCUGUUCGCCAUGCUCACCCACCCGAACAUCAUCGCCCUGAAAGGUGUCUGCCUGCAGGAACCCAACCUGUGCCUCAUCAUGGAGUACGCCUCUGGCGGGCCGCUGAGUCGGGCGCUGGCGGGGCGCCGCAUCCCGCCGCACGUCCUGGUCAACUGGGCCGUGCAGAUAGCCAAAGGGAUGUUGUACCUACACAGUGAGGCCAUCGUCCCUGUCAUCCACCGGGAUCUCAAAUCCAACAACAUCCUUCUGGCUCAACCCAUAGAGAAUGAAUGUAUGGAGGGUCUGACGUUGAAGAUCACCGACUUUGGCCUGGCGAGAGAGUGGCACAAGACGACCAAGAUGAGCACCGCCGGCACCUAUGCCUGGAUGGCCCCUGAGGUCAUCAAGUCCUCCACCUUCUCCAAGGGCAGCGACGUCUGGAGCUAUGGUGUUUUGCUAUGGGAGCUGCUGACAGGAGAGGCACCCUACAAAGGGAUUGAUGGACUUGCUGUCGCCUAUGGAGUUGCUGUCAACAAGCUCACUCUGCCCAUCCCUUCCACGUGCCCGGAGCCCUUUGCUCAGCUCAUGUCAGAGUGCUGGGACCAGGACCCCCACCGCAGACCCAAUUUCAGCUCCAUCCUGGCCCAGCUGAUGGCCUUGGAGCAGCAGGUGAAGGAAGAGAUGCCACAGGACUCCUUCCACUCCCUGCAGGAGGACUGGAAACUGGAGAUCCAGGACAUGUUUGAUGAACUGCGGGCAAAAGAGAAGGAGCUGCGAUGCCGUGAGGAGGAGCUGAAGCGAGCGGCUCUGGAGCAGAAGUCCCACGAAGAGUUCCUGCGGCAGCGCGAGCAGCAGCUGGCCCAGUGGGAGCAGGACGUGUUCGAGCGCGAGCUCAGCCUCCUCAUCCUCCACCUGAAUCAGAACCAGGAGAAACCCAACGUCAAGAAGAGGAAGGGCACCUUCAAGAAGCACAAACUCAAGUGCAAGAACGGCGAGAAGAUCAGCAUGCCCCAAGAUUUCAUCCAUAAGAUUACGGUGCAAGCAUCCCCAGGCCUGGAGAAAAGGCGCAACUCUCCCGAUUUGGGUUCAGGCUCCUCGCCCUCCUUCGGCCCACGUUUCCGUGCAAUCCAACUCAGUCCCAGUGACAACAGCAGGACGUUUGGGUUGAGCCCAGUCUGGCCCCUAGAGGCCCCUUCUCUCAAACAAGCCAACGGGGACCUGAGGUUGGGCCCCCACUGGAGACCCCAGAGCCCAAAAAGUCCCAAAAGCCCCAAAGUCCUGCGCCUUAGUCCCCAGGAAAGCAGUCUCUCAAUGAGAGCCAAGCUCCUGGAAUCAGACAGCAAUGAAAAUGGAGAGUCCAAGGAUGACUUUGAGGAGUACAGACCCUCCACUCCACCUCCUCCCCCUCCUCAGAACGGCUCCUCAGUGAAGGACAGCAUGCGGCUUCCUCUACCUCAGGGAGACUCGGGCAGCGAGGAAGGAGGUUCCUCCCCGGCUGGCUCCCCCAGGCCUGAGAGGGGUUCUCUCAGUGGCCUGAUUAAGAGCACCCACCGGGCCCUGCUUGGCGGUGGCUCCCUCCUGGCCUCCGUAGGACUGGGUCGCUGCCUCGAUAUCCCCCCAAGGGUGCCCCCUCGAACUAACCCCCCUUUCUUAGAGGACCGCACCCCGUCUGAACUGGAGAUCUCUUCCCCUAAGCCCCUCAUUUCAGACCCCCCAGUAGUGGACGAUCUCAUCACCUUCUCCACCUCUGAGCCGCCUCCCAGACCGCUCUUGGAUUUAGCUUUGCAGUACCAAGAACUUAAGCCCUUGCCACUUACUCCGCCACCGCCAAACCCGCGUGAGACCCGGAGUUACCAUUCUACUAAUGGGGAGCUGGGCUGUGAGGCCUGGGAACAUAAAGCUGACAGGAGGAGGAGGUCCAGCCAAGGCCUGCAAACCUCUCAGCUAGUUUUGGACCUGCCCUUGUGCCAAGACACACAGGACUCUGAUGACAAGCCUUCAGUGCCCUAUUCUCUCCACCCCAACCCUGCCCUCUGGAGCCCCAAAACCCGGCGCCUAGAGGUCAGCGUCAUUCCCCGGCCCCGCCCGUCUCCCAUCCGGCCCCGCAUCGACCCCUGGAGCUUCAUCUCGGCCGGUGGCGGGAACUCAGGUGGGGGCCGCAGCCCUAACCGUUCGGACAGCAACCCUCUGGGCUACCAGCCCUCCCCUACCAACCCAUUCACCAACUGUGACCCGUUCCCAUCACCGGACUGUGACCCAUUUACCCUCAAAGCUGACCCCUCGAGCAACUCAGACACAGCUUCACCCUUUGACCCUUUCUCAGCUCCCUUUCCCACAUCCCGCUCUGCCCCUUGUUCCACCAACGGCUCACCCACAUUGCCCUCUUUCCGCAUAGCGCCCCUCAACCCAGCUGACUCGCCCCUGAUCGACCUGGGCUGGGCAGCCUGCAGCAAGCCCCUGGAUGGCACCAAAGAGAGAGCUCACCCCCGCAGGACACUGGGACUCAAGCCCUUCAAGUCCCCGACGCAGCUCAGAGACGACAGGUUCUAAACCCGGCCUCACCUGUGGCACGUGGCCGGCUCUUACUUAUGGAUGUUAAAAAGUGUGGUUUUUAUUAUAGGAACACAGUCCAGGACUGUUUCCACUACUAUGUCCUACACCUUAAAGGAAAGGUGGUACAUUGGAUUGUGGGAUAGUUACCUGUGAACCAAUAGCUGGUGCCCAUUCCAUUCUCCCUCUCUAUCUCUGUUUCUCUGUCCUUUUGAAGGAACAGAGCACAGAUCACUAGUCCCAUCUUCAGAUUCUAUCGGACUGCUCAUAUAACCUUCUUUCAUCUCCCCCUACCUUUGAAGCAUUGUGACAAUGCAGAGGUUGAUAAGGCGACUUGCACAGCUUCAUCUGCCUUUACCUCUCUGCUGACUGAAAGCAUUCAGGACAAUGGAAAAUUGGAGUGCCUUAUUUCGUGAAGUGUUUUUAAUAUAUAUCUUUUCAAGGUUCCUUGAAUGGUUAAUCUGGUGCGUAGGGAAGAUGCUACGAAUUUGGCUUAAAUUUGCAAAUCAGCUUAGCAUUGCUGUGGAAGAAAAUGUCGUCUGUGUGUGCGUGCAUGUGUGCAUGUAUGUCUAGACUCAUUGUUCAAGGAAAGCUUACUUUUUUUUCUUUUUUUUUUUUGUUAAACAACAGUGUCUGCCUGUUGCAUUAUGGGAGAAAGCACUCAGAGUGGAUAUUCUAGGCUGCUCAUGAAAUAUAAGACAAAACCAUGACCCAGGCAUUCCACUUGGAAGCAGAUAACAUUCCAGUCACAUUCCCCAGGAAAUGCCAGGGAUUGGACAGAUUCAUUCGGCUGGCAGGCAACGGAGCACAGGAAACAAGACGGGGGAGCCCUCUGCAUUCCCGUCAUAUGCCAAAGAAUGCCACUGUCGCAGUGUAAGGGCUGGGACAAAGAGUGUCUGCAAAUAAGUUGUUUUUACCUCCACAGAGUGCCAGACGGGUGGGUUUGCCACACUGGAAAAUAUAGAGAUAUUUGAGACAAUCACAGAUAGUACUUAAACAUAACUUCAAUAUACUUUUCUGUGGUUAUUUGAUACUAUCCAGACUGUCUGAUCACCGCCCGCCUGAUGCUUAAGGAAGGUUCAACCAAAAAUUAGUAUUCACAAAUACUACAGUACAUUGGUAUGGACGCUUCAUUGAAUACUUCAUUUGUAUAGUCCACCAGAGUAGGAGUAGCCUCACAAAGCCAGCCCACAGUUUCACAGUGUCUUUGAUCUCACAAUUGACACUUCUCUCCUUCUCCUCACUGGGCGAAUGCACCAGUCACUUGGCUGUCAUCAGUCCUUUCUUCCAACUCUGGAACUAGAAAAACUACCGUGCUUUUCCUCGAAAUAUUAUUUCUCCCAAAGUGAUCCACCAAUUUUAGUUUCCGAAAAAAUAUGAUCCAGAAAGUUUGAAAUCCAUACUUCAUUGUAACCCUGUAACACUUGAUCUUAAAGCAACAGUUUGACAUGUAGGGGAAUUAGGUUAUUCUCUUUCUUGCAGAGGGUGAGAUGAGAAAACUGACACCACUGCAAUAUCUGUUCCUUUCAACAUGAAGCUGGAGUCAACAGCUGCUUAGCUUAGCUUAGCAUAAAGACUGGAAGUAGGGGGGAGCAGCUAGCCUUUCCCUGUCCGAAGGUUAAAAAAUCUGCCUGCCUCUGCCUGCUCACUGAGUAACACGUUAUAUCUCAUUUAUUUAAUUGCAGUGGCUCUCUGGAGGUUUGUCGUCACCACGAGGUUGCCAGGCAACCAGCUGAGACCCUUGUAAAACUACAACUUUAUUUUUUUCACCUUGGUUUUUGUGCUGUUU